AUGACCAGAGUGCAACUUCGCGAAAACCCACCCUCUGUAUAUUUUAUCUUAAAAGACUAUGCGAUCCCACCGAAACAGAUGAGUGGACGUAUCCCUUUGUCACUGACACCAAAUGGCCUACGCGUUCAUUGGAUCACGAAGGCUCUGGGCUACCCUCCAGAAGAUUCACACAAGCUUGUCGACCGUUGUCAUAUCUCGAAUAUUGAACAACUGGGCUCACUUGACAAUAUAAUUGUGGGCGGCAAGAUUGACCAGCCUCUGAAAUCUAUCGAUGAGAAAAUCACAGAUUAUACAACCCUUAUGGUGUCUUGGCAUUGGAUUAAAAAUUGCGAUGGUGAGUUUCUCAUCAAACAGCUGGACGAUCCUUGA